CAGCACUGUGACAAACUUUCACCUAUGAAAGGGAGAGGGCGAGAGAGAGAUUAAGAGUGUGAGAGGGAGAAAGUGAGACGGACUGAGAGAGGAGCAGAAGGCUCUCGGUGACCUAGUUCGAAGUUAGCUCUUCAGUAGCUGAGUAUUAGCUACAACAGAGACCCUUGUGAGAAGCAGCAAAGAGAAAGAAGUUGCAGGUAUUUAACUGUACUGGCAGGAGUAACAGCACUGACAGGAGGAUUCAUCAGACUGACUGCUGAAGUCCAGUUAUCAACAGAAACACCAUGGCAGGCCAGCGGGGAGUUAAAAUUGUGAAGAAGUCUGCUGUCCCUGGGGUAACCAUCACACAGUUUGUGGACAGUAUUCCUGAGGGAUGCAGCGCUCCUGACUUUGAGCGGAAACCAAUUACCUUAACAUUACAGGAAGGCAAAAAUGCCAUUUUCAGAGCUGUGGUCAAGGGAGAGCCAAAACCAGAGGUGGUGUGGAAACGCAAUAAUAGAGAAAUGGUGGACGAUCCUCAAAAAUGCCAAAUAUCCUUCAAACCUGGAGCAAAUGAAUUCAUCCUGCAGAUAACCAAAAUCACUUCUGAUGAUGCUGACUUGUACCGUUGCACUGCUGUGAAUGAGUAUGGGGAAGCCACCUGCACUGCUGGCCUCAAAAUCAUACAGGUUGGCUUCAAGAAGAAAGCAAAGGAGGCUCCUUCUGCACCUCAGGGUGACCUAAAGAAGGAGAUUCAGGACUUCAGAAAAACAUUAAAGAAGCGGGCACCGUCAACAGCUCCAAAGAAAGAACUUGAUAAGGAGCAGGUCUGGCAGUUAUUGCUGAAUGCAGAUAGGAAGGAUUAUGAGAAGAUCUGCCUGAAAUAUGGUGUCGUUGAUUUCCGUGGGAUGUUGAGGAGGCUUCAGGAGAUGAAGAAGGAGAGAGAGGACAAGCAAGCACUGUAUGUAAACACUCUCACAAACCUGAGGCAUGUCAGCAUCAAUCGUGAGCAAGGAAAUGCUUCCUUUGAUCUAGAGAUGGAACUGAAAAAUCCAGAGAGCAGAAUUUAUCUGUAUAAGGAUGGCCAAAUGAUCCAUUUUGAAUUUGACAGUGACACUGUAAAGCACUGCCUGAGACAGGUUGGCAAAAAGUACAAUUUUAUCAUCAAUGAUUUGCAGCCAGAAGAUGCUGGUGUGUACCAGAUCAAAGUAGAAGACGUAGAUAUCUUCUCAACAGAACUGGAAGCAGAAACUAUUCCAAUGAGCUUUCGUUUUCCACUUGGUGAGGUGAGAUGCCAUGAGCAAGGAAAUGCUGUCUUUCAGUGCGUUCUCUAUGAUCCUUGCUUCAAUGCUGUGUGGUUGCACAAGGACCGUCGUCUAGAGCCAAGUGACAAGUAUGAUAUAUCUGCCUCAAAUGAUGGUCUGACUCACCGCCUAGUCAUCAAAAACACCCAGUACUCUGACAAAGGGACUUACACCAUUGACAUUGGAACCCGCUCUUCAAGUGCCUGGCUUGAGGUUGAAGGUGCUAAAGGAAAGAGGAAACAGGCUGAAGGAGACAAUGAAGCUAAGGCUGGAUGGCAGAACAAGCGGUUAGAUGAAGACCAUGCUAAGAAACUUCGUCAUGGAGAAGGGCAUGAAGCUCAAGAUCACCUUGCCGAUGGCAGUGGAGAAUUUUAUGGCUCCAUGGGAAAAGAUGGAUCUUUGGGAAGAGAUAUGCAUGCAGGAGCCAACAGAGAUGAGCAGAUGGGGCAUUUUUCUGGAGCAGGGGCAGAGGGGAAUCAGUUUGCUGGAUUUCCAGUUGGAAGUAAUGGACAUAUUGGACUUGGUCAGAAUGCUAUGCCAGGUGGAAUUGGUGUUAGUGGAAGAGCAGGUAGUCUGGCUGGCAUGGGUUCGACAUCUGAUAGGGAUGCUGGGUCAGGGGGCACGGGUGCUGGCGCUGGAUUUGGGGGUGCAGGUGGACUACAAGCUUUAGAUGAGCAAGGUUCCACAUUUAAUGGAACAGGAAUUGGUGACAGAUUUAGCAAAACAGGUGCACCAGGGGAGGUAGAUGGACUGUAUGGCAAGAAGGGUGUACUAGGUGGUGGGGGUGGGCCUGGAGCCAGUCUUGAUGGUGUUGGAGGUCACCAUGGCAGGGAUGGUGGGCUAGGUAGUGCUGGUAGGCCUGGAGCUGGAUUUGGUAGCACAGGGGCUGCAAGUGGACUCUAUGGGAAAGAUGGUAUGCCAGGUGGAUUUGGUACCAAUGGAACAGGGGGUAGAGGUGGACUUUAUGGUGAAGAUGGUAUGCUCAUUGGAGUCGGUAUUGCUGGAGCAGGGGGUGAAGGUGGAAUCUAUGGCACAAAUAGCACACUGGAUGCUUCUAGUGCUGGUAGGUUUCAAGCUGGACUUGACAGAGUUGGAGAACUCUGUGGUAAGGAUGGUGGCCUAGGCGGUGCUGGUGGGUCUGGAGAUGGGUUUGGUGGAGCAGGGAGUGCAGGUGGACCCUAUGGCAAGGAUAGUAUGCUAGGUGGAGUGGGACCUAGUGGGUCCUGUGGUGCUGGGGGACUCUAUGGCAGAGAUGGUAUGGCUGCUGGCGCAGGUGCUGGUGGAGCUGGAGGUAUGGGUGGACUUUAUGGCAAGGAUGGUAUGCCAAUUGGAGCAGGCACUGGUGGUGCUGGUGGAGCUGGAGGUAUGGGUGCACUAUAUGGCAAGGAUGGUAUGCCAAUUGGAGCAGGGAUUGGUGGAGCUGGAGGUAUAGGUGGAAUUUAUGGCAAGGAUGGUAUGCCAAUUGGAACAGGCACUGGUGGUGCUGGUAGUAUGGGUGGACUUUAUGGGAAGGAUGGUAUGCCUGUUGGAGCAGGCAUUGGUGGUGCUGGAGGUAUGGGUGGGCUCUAUGGCAAGGACGGUAUGCCAAUUGGAGCAGGCACUGGUGGAGCUGGUAGUAUGGGUGGACUAUAUGGCAUGGAUGGUAUGCCAGUUGAAGCAGGCAUUGGUGGAGCUGGAGGUAUGGGUGGGCUUUAUGGCAAGGAUGGUAUGCCAAUUGGAGCAGGCACUGGCGGAGCUGGAGGAGCUGGAGGUAUAGGUGAACUCUAUGACAAGCAUGGUAUGCCAAUUGGAGCAGGCAUUGGCGGAGCUGGAGGAGCUGGAGGUAUAGGUGGACUCUAUGGCAAGGAUGGUAUGCCAACUGGAGCAGGCACUGGUGGUGCUGGUAGUAUGGGUGGACUCUAUGGCAAGGACGGUAUGCCAAUUGGAACAGACACUGGUGGAGCUGGUAGGAUGGGUGGACUCUAUGGCAAGGAUGGUAUGCCAGUUGGAGCAGGCACUGGUGGAGCUGCUGGAGCUGGUAGUAUGGGUGGACUCUAUGGCAAGGAUGGUAUGCCAAUUGGAACAGGCACUGGUGGAGCUGCUAGUAUGGAUGGACUCUAUGGCAAGGACGGUAUGCCAGUUGGAGCAGGCAUUGGUGGAGCUGCUGGAGCUGGUAGUAUGGGUGGGCUCUAUGGCAAGGACGGUAUGCCAAUUGGAGCAGGCAUUGGUGGAGCUGGUAGUAUGGGUGGGCUCUAUGGCAAGGACGGUAUGCCAGUUGGAGCAGGCAUUGGUGGAGCUGGUGGAGCUGGUAGUAUGGGUGGGCUCUAUGGCAAGGAUGGUAUGCCAAUUGGAGCAGGCGUUGGUGGGGCUGGUAGUAUGGGUGGGCUCUAUGGCAAGGACGGUAUGCCAGUUGGAGCAGGUGUUGGUGGAGCUGGUGGAGUUGGUAGUAUGGGUGGGCUCUAUGGCAAGGACGGUAUGCCAAUUGGAGCAAGCAUUGGUGGGGCUGGUGGAGCUGGUAGUAUGGGUGGGCUCUAUGGCAAGGACGGUAUGCUAAUUGGAGCAGGCAUUGGUGGGGCUGUUGGAGCUGGUAGUAUGGGUGGGCUCUAUGGCAAGGACGGUAUGCCAGUUGGAGCAGGUGUUGGUGGAGCUGGUGGAGUUGGUAGUAUGGGUGGACUCUAUAACAAGGAUGGUAUGCGAAUUGGAGCAGGCAUUGGUGGAGCUGGUAGUAUGGGUGGGCUCUAUGGCAAGGAUGGCAUGCCAAUUGGAACAGGCACUGGUGGAGCUGGUGGUACUGGUAGUAUGGGUGGAUUCUAUGGCAAGGAUGGUAUGCCAAUUGGAGCAGGCAUUGGUGGAGCUGGUGGUACUGGUAGUAUGGGUGGAUUCUAUGGCAAGGAUGGUAUGCCAAUUGGAGCAGGCACUGGUGGAGCUGGUGGUACUGGUAGUAUGAGUGGAUUCUAUGGCAAGGAUGGUAUGCCAAUUGGAACAGGCACUGGUGGAGCUGGUGGUGCUGGAGGUAUCGCUGGGCUCUAUGGCAAGGAUGGUAUGCCAAUUGGAGCAGGCACUGGCGGACCUGGUGGUACUGGUAGUAUGGGUGGAUUCUAUGGCAAGGAUGGUAUGCCAAUUGGAACAGGCACUGGUGGAGCUGGUGGUGCUGGAGGUAUCGGUGGGCUCUAUGGCAAGGAUGGUAUGCCAAUUGGAGAUGGUGGUGCUGGGGGUAUUGCAGCUUGUGGUGCUAGAGGCAUGGGUGGGCUCGAUGGCAAGGAUGGUAUGGCAGGGGAAGCUGUUGCUGUGGUUGGCUUAGGAGGUUCAGGUGGAAGCUAUGGGAAAGAUGGUAUGUUAGCUGAAGCUGGAUUUGGCAGUUCAGGAAGCCCAGAUGGUGUUUGUGGCAAGGAUGGUAUGCUUGGUGGUAAGGCUGGCGCUGGAAGUGCAGCAGGUUUAAGUGGAAGAGGUAGCAUGCUCGGUGGUGCUGGUGGCACUCCAGGUGCUUUUGGAGAAGCUGGGAAUAUGGGUGGAACACUAGAUGGUGGUGGCCGUGGUGGUAGAUUAGGCAGUACAGGAACCAUGCCUGGACAGGAUGGAACUUCUGCUGGAUUGGAUGGUGCUUAUGGAAAGGAUGGCAUACCAGGAGGAGCUGGUGUGGGGUUAGGAGGUGCAGCAGGCAAGAGGGGUCUGGCUGGCCAGUAUGGUACUCUAGGUGGAGAUGGAAUGGGAGCUCAUCCUGAUGGAGUUAGUGCACAUGACCUCUCUGGCAAAGGCAGCAUGCAAGGUGGACCUGGACUUUCUGGUGCUGGGUUAACAGGAGCAGGAGGGACAGUUGAUCUUCAUGGCCAAGGUGCUAUUUUACAUGGAACUGGUGCUGAUGUUCAUGGCGGCACACAAGGAUUUUAUGGUAAGGAUGGUAUGAGAGGUGGGGCUGGUGCAGAUGCAGGGGGCAUCCAAGGUUUGCAUAGUCAGGACGGUGGAACCAGAGCUGGCGCUGGAUUUGGAAGUGGUUAUGAUAAAGAUAGUGUGCUAGGUGGUGCUCAUGGUGCUGGACCUGUUGGUGAAGGGGGAGUAGAUGGUCUCUAUGGUCGGGAUGGCAGGCUAGUUGGAGCUGGUAUGGGUGCUGCUGGACUUAGCAGCGAAGGAGGAAUGGGUGAGCUUUAUGGGAGGGAUGGUAGACUAGGUGGAACUGGUGCAGGAGUUAGACGUAUGGAUGGAUAUGAGAAAAUGUCAGAUGUUCCUGGUGAAGAGUUCCUGGGUUAUGGACAGUCUUCUGGCUCUUAUGAUGCUAGUACCCAUGCUGGUGACAGAAGAAGACAACUGUCUGACUUGGAUGCCAGUGGACUUGCUUCAGGUGAUCUCUCAAGAACCAGGAGCAGGAAAGCAAGAGGAGAAAAUCUUCUUGAAGAGGAUGUGAGAGAACCACAUUGCCGUUUCAGUCAAGGCCUACUUGAUGUCCAUGCCCAGAAAGGAAAGUCAGCAGUGUUGUCUUGCAGCCUCAACAAUGAUCAGCUUGAGGGAACCUGGUUUAAAGAUGGAUUUAAGAUAACAGGCCUAGAUGGAGUCUCCAUUGAGAAGGAUGGUGCAAUUCACAAACUGAUAAUAGAUGAAGUACAAGACAGGCAUGCUGGAAAAUACAAAUUUGAAGCUGAAGGCAUCAAAACAGAGGCAUCUGUUCUUGUUGAAGACCCUCCAAAUGUUGAUGCUGCUCUUCUGAAAAAACUGAGCAAAGAGCCUGUAGUAGUGAAGGCAGGAAAGAAUGCCAUGGUUAAAAUCCCAUUUGAGGGCCGGAAGCCAAUCAGAGCAGUGUGGUUAAAGGAUGAUGGGGAGCUUCUAGAUGAUGCCCGGAUCAACACUGAACAUUCAGACAACUUCACUCGGCUCUCCAUAUCCAGCACCAACCGGAAGGAUUGCGGUGAUUAUAAAGUGAAGUUGAGGAAUGAGAGUGGAACCCUUGAAGCUGCGCUUAAGCUUGUUGUGAUAGAUAAGCCCCAGCCACCCAUGGGUCCCAUUGAAGUUGUGGACUGCUCCACAAGUGGCAUAAGUAUCAAGUGGAAGCCCCCAAAGGAUGAUGGUGGUAAGCCAGUGCAGACGUAUACCAUUGAGAAGCAGCAGGUUGGCAGAAAGACCUGGGUGACACUGGGAGAAACCAAAGGAGACGACACUAUUUUUACCACCAACAAAGUGGAACAUGACAAAAGUUAUUACUUCAGGGUGAAAGCAGUGAAUGCCGAGGGGACCAGUGAGGCACUUGAGUCUGAUGAGGUGAUGGCUGCUGCCAAAGUUUUUCCUGGUCCUCCUGCACCUCCCAAAAUUGUCAGUGCUUACAAAGGUGCCAUCACACUCUCAUGGGCAGCGCCUCAUAAAACAGGCAACUCUCGGAUCUUGGGCUACACAGUUGAGAAAUGCAAGAAGGGUAGCAACUUCUGGACACCUGUCACUGACUUGCCCAUAACAGACAGGAAGUACACAGUGACUGAUCUAAAGGAGGGAUUGCAGUAUGAGUUCCGUGUGGCUGCUGUCAAUGCGGCAGGGGUGGGUGAGGCCAGUGCACCCUCAGAAGCUGUUUUUGCUCGGGAUCCUAUGAAUCCUCCAGGUCCAGUGAGGGGACUUAAAGUGACUAAUACUGACUACUCCAGCAUCUCCUUGUCAUGGAUGAAACCAGAGUUAGAAGAAGAAAGUUCUGCCAAAGGCUAUAUAGUAGAGAUGCGACACAUGGAUACUCUGAAGUGGAACCAGUGCAAUUCCCUCCCAAUAGGAAUGACAACGUAUAUAGUUAGGGGGCUGAAAGCCAGGGAGAUGUACUUCCUACGUGUGAGAGCAGUCAAUGAUGGGGGGUUUGGUGAUCCUGUUGAACUAGACACUUGCAUCCAAGCAGUACCUCCCACUGUUCACCCCAAGCUCUUAAUAAGAGACUCUAUCAAAAACUUUAUGAUUAUAAAAGCAGGGGAUACCAUUCGUAUGCGCAUUCCUUUUGAAGCUUCCCCAGCUCCUGAAGUGAUUUGGCAAAAGGAUGGGCUUGCUCUGCCUGCAAAGGCCACCAUGGCCACCAGAGAAGGCCUGAGCCAGCUCAUCAUACCAGGAGCUGACUUUUCUGACAGUGGGCAUUAUGCCAUCAUCCUCCGAACUGAGAGUGGGAAAAAGGAGUCUUUCAGCUUCCUUGUCCAAGUCACAGAUGUACCAGAAUCCCCUGGUCCUAUUCAGUUGGUUGAGAAUGUCCCUGAAACCGUGACUCUGAUCUGGGAGCCCUCACCAACCGAGAAGAGAGUGGGUAACUUAAACUAUAUGGUCAUGCAACGUGACUCCAGCAAGGGAUCGUGGCAAGUGGUGGCUGACCUAAUUUACACCAACAAGUGCACUGUCGCCAAUUUUGUUCCAGGCCGGGAAUAUUUCUUCAGGGUUCUGGCAAAAAAUUAUAUGGGAAUCAGUGAGCCUUCUGAAACAGUGCAACCCUGGAGCAUUCACAAGACAAAGGGUAAAUUUGAGGUCAGACUUCCAAAAUACAAGGGUGUCAACCAAAACCAGCCUCCAAGAUUCCUCGUCCAGCUGAAACCACAUGUGGUGACUUUAGGAUUUGAUUGUCACAUGAGUUGUGCUGUGACUGGAUAUCCGGUACCUCGGGUAACCUGGUACAAAGAUAGCAAGAACCUCUCUCAGGAUCCCAACUUCUUCAGUAAAAAUGACUUUGGGGUCUGCUCGCUUGUGAUCCCGGGUGUCACACCCUCAGAUGGAGGAGAAUACAAGGUGGUAGCCAGCAAUAAAUUAGGCCAAGCAACUAGCAAAGCCAUUGUCACCAUAAAAGAAUCUUUUUUUUAGGCUGACCUGCUCUGUACCAGCUUUGAACAGCCCGCUGUGUGACAAUGCUUUCCUGUAGGACCGACUCUGUAACUGAACAAUGCAUAUUGUUAUUUCAUAUGAGUUCAGCCUGAAGGCUCUACCUGGCAAUGUGAGUGUGAUCAAAAGAAAUAUACAAAAAUGUACCAUAUUCCACAGCAGGAAUGUCCUUUGAAGAGGAGUGUACAAUUCUGCCCAAUGAUCUUUCAAAGAAUGGAACGCAAAUAUACCCAUCAUAGACUUUAAUGGAAAGAAAGAACUGACUGGAAGGAGAUCAUUGUUGUGGGUCAAAGCAAGGAAAGAUGGUCCUGGAGGUCCAAGGAAUUAAAUGACAUACCUACAAGGCUGCAACUGAUUUAGCAGAAGGAUGCUCUGUGAGAAGAUGUUUGGAUCCAGGAGGCUGGAAUUUGAAUUUCAAAUGUUCUGGCCCUGCCCACAAUGAUUCUGUUGGAACUAGGGUUCAUAGACAUGCCAGGUGUGGGGCAGCUAAAUGUUUUGAUCUUGGAAGAAUACCAAAAUGCAAGGGCAUAGCUAGGGGAGAGGGGGCGCGUGUUUAUCCCUCUCCCUGAUGGCCCCUUGGAGUGAGGAAGAUAAU